CAGAAGGACGCGUUUCCUCCCCUCGCCACUCAGCUCUCCAGUGUCUCACACAGCAGACCGGUGCACAAAUUAGCAAACAGACUAGCAAGUGUUCGCCAUGCCGGCCCUCCUGAGGACCAUCGCCCGCCGCGCUGCCCCCGUCUUGCGGAGCCCGUUCCCCGUCCUGCGGGCAAACAUGUACUCAAAGCCGCCGAAGGAAAACAUCGGCGUGGUUGAAACGAGUGUGGGAUUGGGGGUGUUCACCUUGACCAUCCUGGGACCGUCCGGAUGGAUCUUGGCCCACCUGGAGGAUUACAAGAAGAAGGAAUAGAGCGGUCCGGCAUGCGUCAGCCCGGGACCAUCAUCACCACCAUUCAGUUCUGCUACAGAGACAAACUGGAAGAAGUCUGACUGAGCCCACCCUUUACGUGUGAUGGUUCCACUCCGGAUCCCACUUCCAGCUUCAUCAUCAGUGACUCUGAAUCUCUGUUGAACAUCUUCCCUCAAAGGAGUUUGUUACAUAAUUAAACUAAUGUUUAAGUCUUC